UUGGCUUUACCAUUUCUGAACUACUGUCAUGUAAUUGUUGGAACUUCUGCGACUUUUAGAUUUUCUGCAGCAAUUACUCAUCUCUUUAGAAUCUAAAUGCUGUGAUUGCUUUCACCAUGAGAAAAUAGAUAGAAGUAAGAUCUUGAUCAGGUUGAUAUAGUAUAAGCGUCAGUGCAUCACUUUCCUAGAAUGGACCAGAGGUUGAAGGAGGCUUCUCAAUCUGGAGAUAUUGAUUUCUUGUACAGAUUGAUUAUGGAGGAUGGUGAACUUCUAGAUCACAUUACUGGGGCAUCAUUUGUCGAUACUCCUCUACACAUAGCUGCUGCCGAAGGGCAUUCACAGUUUGCCAUGGAGAUAAUGAGGCUAAAGCCAUCAUUUGCUAGGAAGCCGAACCAAGAUGGAUUUAAUCCCAUGCACUUGGCCCUGCAAAGUGGAAAAACCAGGAUGGUGGUUCGUCUCUUAGAUGCUGAUAGAAGCCUUGUUCGUGUGCCAGGGAGGGAGGGUGUGACACCUUUGCACUAUGUAGCCAGGGAAGGAAAUAUCGAACUCUUAGAUGUGUUUCUAUCGGCCUGCCCAAAAUCUUUGGAGGAUGUGACAAUUCGAAACGAGACCUCUCUGCAUAUUGCGCUGAAAAAUGACAAGGUCGAAGCAUUUGAAUUUGUGUUUAGAUGGCUAAAAGAGGUCUGUUAUGAAGAGGUACAUCAAUUGGAGAAAAAGGUAUUGAACUGGAAGGAUGAGGAUGGCAACACUUUGUUGCACAUUGCAGCACUUAGAAAUCAACCUGAGGCAGUUAUGCUUUUAUUGACCUCACAAGUUGAUGUAAACUUCAAGAAUUUGGCGGGUUGGACUCCCCUGGACAUCAUACAGCAUCAACAGCCACUGAAUGACAGACGAAUAAGGACUAUGCUAUGUGGUGCUGGAGCUCUUGAAGGAUCUUCACUUCUGUCUGUUCCAACCUUCACGUAUUACAAAAGCACGGAUCAAAGGUUGAAGCAGGCUGCGCAAGGGGGGAAUAUUGGUGGCCUGUAUGCACUGAUACAGGAGGACUCAUAUAUAUUGGAGCGCAUCAACCUUGUUCCAUUUGUUGAUACUCCUUUGCACAUUGCUGCAUCUUCAGGGCAUACCGAUUUUGCCAUGGAGAUGAUGAGAUUGAAGCCAGAAUUUGCAAGGAAGCAAAACCCGGAAGGCUUCAGCGCAAUGCACCUUGCUUUGAAGCAAGGAAAAACACAUACAUUGCUUUUUCUCCUGUCCGUCUAUAGGGACCUUGUCCGAGUCAAAGGAAGGGAGGGAAAGACUCUCUUGCAUUAUGCAGCCGAAAUUGGAUACUUAGAUCUUUUGGCUGAGUUUUUAGCAGCUUCCCCAGAGUCUAUCAUAGAUCUGACAAUUCGAAAAGAAACUGCACUUCAUGUUGCUGCAAAGAAUGACAAGUUGGAAGCACUUGAAGUCUUGAUGGGAUGGCUUCACCAUGUUGAUAUGGACAUGAUCUUGCAGUGGACUGAUGAUGAAGGCAACACUGUACUGCACAUUGCAAUAUUAAGAAAUCAAUUCCAGGCGCAGGUGGUGAGGUUGUUAAUAAAAAGGGUUGAUAUAAAUGCCAAGAAUUUGGAGGGUUUAACAGCAAUGGACAUAUCAGAUCACCAAGGAAUGCAUAACAAUAAUACAGAAAUAAGAAGUUUAUUACUCCAAAGAGGAGCUUUGAGAGCUUCUUCACUCCCUAAACUUCCUACUCUUGCAAAUUUUCUAAGAACAGAGAUGUCAUUGCUCGAAAGAUGGGUUAUGUAUAGUUACCUCACUAAAAGUUGCAUGUCAAAUGAGAAUCGUAAUAAUCUUCUAGUGGUAGCUGUCCUGAUUGCAACAGCCACAUUCCAAGCCGUGCUCAGCCCACCAGCCGGUAUGCAGAAGGAUUACUUCAGCACUCCAUUUGGUCGUAAAACCAGCAGUGACGGAUCUAAUAGUACUGGUGAACCCAAUGUACCAUCAAACUUUGCCUCUCACUCCAUGGUAGCAUGGAGUUCUUUCCUGGCUCUGAACACCAUGGCUUUCUUGACAUCAAUAUCUGAGAUAUGGUUUCACCUCCCACGUGGCCUUUAUUUUUUGACGAAAUUGGUUUUACCACUUUUAUUCUGCUAUAUGAUUUCAUUGAGUCUCACGACACCAGUGCUAAGCGUGACGCCUUUUUACUUCGUUCUAAUUAUUUUAUCUCAAUUGAAACGCAUAGUCAGGAACUUGUUUUUUAAGAGGUCAUUGGACAUAAAGCUAUCCCUGUUGAAGUAUUGUCCCAACUUACAUAGAGAAAUUAACGCAUAA